AUGAGGGUUGUUUGAGGUGGGCUGCACUUUCAAUGGAGCUGUCAUGCUCAUUUUUACCGUUACUUGAGGACUAUCAAACACCGUCCUGAAACUGACCUGCUCUUGGACUUUACGCGCUUAAGAAGAAUCAGGAAGAAGUAAAAUCACCGGGGCUCUUGCGGUCCGUCCUCGACAGAGAAAAAGACACACAUAGAGACUGAUGCGGGAUUCGCUGCGUGGGUCUGUCCGGUGACACUCUGCUUGGAUUUUAAACCGACAUGGUGGGUUAACGUUUGAGUGAUACGGAGACCGUCCGGUAAAUUCCUGACAGGAGGAAUGAAUGAUUUCACGCGCGGUGCGCGUGAGUGAAAACGCUCGCGUAACUGUUGCUGUGAACAGCCGUCUGCAGGAACAUGAGGAGAGGAAAUAACUGAAAUAAACUGCGUGGGUUGGCAGUAGGCAGUAACUGAAGAUGAGGAGGCGCUGGUGGCGAUCGGGGUUGGUGAUUGGCUUGCUCGUUAUCAUCACCCAAAUCUCGGCGCAAAACACAGAGGACUGGCACUAUGAGGAGUGUAAGUUGUCACGGUCGGGUCCACCUGCCACUAUCGUCACCAUUGAUGAGGAAAGUCCAAAUGGUACCGUUCUUGUGGAAAACAUGCAGAUCAAUGGUCGCGCUCAGGAUCCAGAUAGAACCAUCUCCUUGACGCUGCUGGACAACUAUGAUUACUGGGUUAUCCUUGACCCUGCGCUGCAGAGACUGUAUCUCAACAGCACUGGACGAGUGCUGGACCGAGACCCACCCAGUUACAUCACCACCAUCGUGGUUCAGAUUCAGUGCACCAAUGAGCUGGUGGGAACAGUUAUUCUGCAUGAAGUACGGAUAGUGGUGAGGGACAGAAAUGACAACACACCUCGUUUCCAGCAGCCUCGUUACUAUGUAUCAGUUAAUGAGCUCUCUCCCGUCGGUACCACCAUCUUCACCGGCUUCUCAGGAAACAAUGGAGCCAUGGACAUCGAUGAUGGACCAAACGGACAGAUCGAAUAUGCCAUUCAGUACAACCCAAAUGACCCGAUGUCAAACAGGACUGUGCGUGUUGCUGGGACUCUGUCUGGUAACAUUGUUUUGGCAGAGCGGCUGAACUAUGAGGAGAGAACUCGCUAUCUAAUUAUAGUCCAGGCCAAUGACCGGGCUCCGUAUCCGGGAACUCGUCGCACGGCAACCACUACUCUAACUCUGGAUGUUUCGGAUGGAGAUGAUCUGGGUCCCAUGUUCCUCCCAUGUGUUCUGGUCAGCAACACACAGGACUGUAACCCUAUCACAUACCGUCUGGCCAUUCCUGAGCUCACUGACCCGAGUAAACUGAACCCUCUGAAUGUGACACCUCCCAUUCGAGCCAUUGACCAGGACAGAAACAUCCAGCCGCCCUCAGACAGACCCGGAAUCCUGUACUUCAUACUGGUUGGUCAACCUACUACAUAUCCAGAAUUCUUCUCACUCAACAGGAGCACGGGUGAGCUGCGGCUGCUGAAGCCUGUGGACAGAGAGCUGUACCAGCGCUUCAAUCUUGUCAUUAAGGCCGAGCAGGAUAACAGUCACCCUCUUCCUGCAUACGCUAACCUGCAGAUUGAAAUUCUGGAUGAGAACAAUCAGGCGCCAUAUUUCCAGCGCUCCUCGUACCAGGGCUUCAUCAGUGAGUCUGCCUCGGUUGGCACCACCAUCUCAGGGAGCACCAACCUCACGGCCCCGCUGGGCAUCAUCGCACUGGACAACGACAUAGAAGAGACAAAAGAUCCUCAGCUGAAGAUCACUCUGAAUGACCACACCUCCAUCUUCUCCAUCACGUCUACUGGCAUCACACGCUACCUUACUCUGCUGAAACCAGUGGACCGAGAGAUACAGACCAACUACACCUUAACGGUGUCCUACAGUGUGGAGAUCUUCACUAAUAUGCUGCCCGGAGAGACCGUCCUGCAGGCUACAGACCGUGAGCUGGAUCCGAUCACCUAUCAGAUAGCAAGCGGUGACCCACAGCAGGUUUUCAACCUUUCACGAACUAUAGGUCUUCUGCUGCUGGCCAAACCUCUGGACAGAGAGACCAUCGACCAGUAUCGCCUCAUCGUCACGGCAUCUGACGGCCACCCAGGAGGGAUUUCCACAGCCACUGUCAGCAUUGUCAUCACGGAUGUUAAUGACAACGACCCCACCUUCGACCUCACUCUUCCCAGAAAUCUGACCGUGAGGGAGGAAGAGACCAAUGUGCUCGUGGGUCAAGUCAGGGCCACCGAUCCUGAUGGCGGGCUCAACGGUCAGGUCCGAUACCGUUUGCUCUCCUUUGUGUCUCUGUUCACCAUAAACGCCACGGGCAGCAUCUUCACUGCGGUUCCGUUGGACCGAGAGACACGGAGCUGGUACGAUCUGAUCGUGGAGGCGUCAGAUGGAGCAGUGGACCCCCGCAGGACCACCAUCACACUGCUGGUGGAGGUGACAGACAUCAAUGACAACAGCCCUGUGUUUUCCCAGCCCAUCUACACCGUCAACGUCCCAGAAAACACCCCCGCUGGAACCGUCAUCCUGAGACUCAGUGCGGUGGAUGCCGAUCUCGUCUCUAACGUGACCUACAGAAUAAAAACAGAAGCCGCUCGGCAGCUCUUCACCGUGAACCGUCUGACCGGCGCCAUAUCAGUCCUGCAGGCGCUAGACUUUGAGGACUUGGCAGCAGGCAACAGCACCUACACAUUUGAAGUGGAGGCGUUAGAUCACGGAGGAGUCCUCCUUCCUGGCACAGCCACAGUCAUCGUUAGAAUCACGGAUAUGAAUGAUUUCUCCCCGGUCUUCAGACAGGCACUUUAUAAAGGGCUGGUGGCUCCAAAUGCAGAGAAGGGGACAGUCAUCACAACUGUGCUUGCAGAAGAUCAAGACCCUCCGGGUACGCCUGCCAGUAAAGUGCGCUACAGAGUGGAUCAGGAUCUGUCUCCGUACAGUGGAAGUAUCUUUGAUGUGGAGACAGAAACAGGACGAGUUAUCACCAAAGUCAACCUGAAUGAGCAGCCCAACGCCGUCUUCAGGCUGGUGGUCAUCGCCUAUGACGACGGAGAGCCGGUGAAAAUGAACAGAACUACAGUGGAAAUCACUGUGCUUCAGCCCUCCAGGAUUCCCAUCUUCACUGAGGAAGAGUACAGGUUCAGUCCGGUGAGUGAGAACGCUCCUGUCGGGACGCCUGUGGGAAUAAUUCUGGCCACAGCCGUCAACACCACUGUCUUUUACUCCAUAGUGAGUGGAAAUGAAGGAGGUGAGUUCACAGUCAAUAACCGCACUGGGAUCAUCUACACAAAUAAACUUCUGGACUAUGAGAGUGUGACCAGUUAUGUGCUCCGCGUGCAGGCCGAUUCGCUCGCCGUCAUCCUCGCCAACCUGCGUGUUCCCUCCAAAACGAACACGGCGAAGGUGUUUAUUGAUGUGCAGGAUGAGAAUGAUCAUCCUCCGGUCUUCACAAGGUCUCUUUACAUCGGAGGAGUGACUGAAGACACUAAGACCUUCACCACAGUACUGAAAGUUGUGGCUACAGAUGUCGACACAGGAAACUACAGUAAGAUGGCCUACAGACUGAUCAUCCCUCCCACGCCCGAGGGGCAGGACAGUUUCGUCAUUGAGCUGUACACCGGCGUCAUCAAGAGCGCCAUCAUGUUCCGAAACAUGCGCCGGUCCUACUUCAAGUUUCAGGUCAUCGCCACAGACAACUACGGGCAAGGAUUGAGCAGCAGGGCUGAUGUGGUGGUGUCCGUUGUCAAUGCCUUGGACAUGCAAGUUGUGGUUUCUAAUGUGCCACCCACUGUGGUGGAGGAGAACAAAGAGCAGCUGAUUAGUAUUUUGGAGCGCUAUGUGCAAGAUCAGAUCCCUGGUGCUAAAGUGAUAGUGGAAUCGAUCGGUCCUCGGCGACACGGAGAAGGUUAUGAACUUGAGGACUACACCAAAUCAGACCUCCAGGUGUAUGCCAUCGACCCUCUCACCAACAGAGCCAUCUCCAGACAAGAGCUCUUCAAGUUUCUGGAUGGCAAGAUUCUGGACAUCAAUAAAGAGUUCCAGCCUUACCUGGGCGAGGGCGGGCGGAUUCUGGAGAUCCGUUCUCCUGACAUCGUGGCGAGUGUGAAGAAGGCUGCGCAGGCGGUGGGCUACACAGAGGGGGCUCUGCUGGCACUGGCCAUCAUCAUCAUUCUGUGCUGCAUCCCAGCUAUUCUCAUCGUCAUGGUGACGUACAAACAAUUCAAAGAGAGACAGGCCGAGUGUGCCAAAACUGCCCGUAUCCAGAUGGCUCUUCCUGCCGGCAAAUCAACAGGAGGUGGCGCUCCGACCAAUCUCUACGAGGAGCUGGGAGACGGCGGCAUGCGUGGCUUUGGCAGAGAGCAGCAGCAGCAGCUGUUGAGACCCUCUUUGCUCCGGCCUGAGGCUCUCUCCAUGGAAUCAGGUACCCAAGACUACUAUAGUUACGAUCAAGGGUAUGAUCCCUAUCCACCCUACGGCAGCCGCAGGAGGCUGAUUACACCCAUGUAUGAUGAGUCUGGAGAGGCCAUCAUGGAAGAUGAAGGAUAUUACUAUGGUGAACCAGAGGCUGGCAAAAAGAAGCGAAUCAAACUAGUGUUAGACCGAGAGCAUGACACGACUUCAACAGGAGAAGACAGUGGACCGGACGUCCAACGCAAUCGCAUACCCAACAUCAGCAGCCACAGUAACAUCAACGGAUCAGUAUACCUUGCCCAAAAUGGUACCAUCAUCCGAACACGAAGGCCCCCUUACCCCAACAACUUAAAACUGGGCUCACCAACACGGUUAGGCAAACAAUUAAAAAAACUGGACAAGCUAGGUGUCACACACGAAGAGCAUUUACCUUUAAAUGUAACAGAAGACAAUGGGCCUACUAUCAGCACCACCACUGCCCAUUCCUAUGUUACUGAUCACAACCUUAACUCCAAAGAGUGCAGUGUAAUGGGCCCUAACAGCAUAGGGCCCAAAUCCAACAUCGAUAAAGCCCGUUUGGAGCAGGAUAAGGGGUGCUGUGAGCUGGAGUCCUCAGUGAACAAUGGGGAGAUUAAAGAGUCGGAAGAAUCUCCAUGUGAGCAAACACUGUCUGAUGAAGAGGAGCUCUGGAUGGGUCCCUGGAACAACUUACACAUACCAAUGACAAAACUCUGAUUUCUAGUUUUGCUAAUUCUGAUGGUACUGUUUCUAUUUAGUUUCCUUUUUAGUCUUUUCUCUGUUUUAUUUGGGUUCUAUAAAGGGUUUAUCUCGAUUCUGUUGUACACACAUCAGACACCGACAAAGAAAUGUGAUUCUCUUAUAAAGAAUUAUGUUUGUUUUUUUUUUCAUGCAGAUGACUAUUUCACUUCUUACUGUAGUGUCAGAUAAAUUGUUGUGGAAGACAGGGCUAUUCUAUACAAAUUUCUUUGCCUCAAUUUAACCGUUUCCAA